AUGGCUGACCAUACUUCGGCCACCAUCGCGGCGCCGCCACAUGGCGUGCUCGUAGCACCGGCCCCCCAACCCGUCAUCCCAGCUUCGGGUCCGGCGACCGCUACACCGUCCGUCCCGUCCCGUCGCACGAAUAUGCAGACGGCCGUCAUCGUCUCCUCGCUCUGCGCCGCCGUCUUCGUCGCCGCCCUCGACGUUACCAUCAUCACCACCGCCAUUCCGGCCAUCACCGAGUUCUUCCGCUCCCCCACAGGCUACCAAUGGGUCGGGAGUGGCUACGUCCUGCCGCACACGGCGAGCGUGCCGUUCUGGGGCAAACUGUCCGACAUCUGGGGCCGCAAGCCCAUAAUCCUGGCUGGGGCUCUCCUCUUCAUCGCCGGCAGUCUGCUGUGCGCCCUGGCCACCUCCUUUGCGCUGUUCCUCUUCGGACGCGCCGUCCAGGGCCUCGGUGCCGCGGGACUCAUCACCCUCGUCAACAUCUGCAUCAGCGACCUGUUCUCGCUGCGCGACCGCGGAUUAUACUUUGGCCUCGUCUCCAUCGUCUGGGCCGUCGCCAGCGGCUUAGGUCCUGUCCUAGGCGGUGUCUUUACUGACCGGUUGACGUGGCGGUGGUGUUUCUGGAUUAACCUCCCUAUUGGAUCCGUUGUAUCCGUCCUCAUCUUCUUCUUUCUGCGUCUCAAUACCACAAAGACCUCGGUGCGUGAGGGUCUGCGCAGUAUAGACUGGGCAGGCACCCUGCUCAUCAGCGGGAGCGUCCUGAUGGUCUUGCUGGGCCUUGACUUUGGUGGAAACAUGUACCCCUGGGGUUCUGCCGUUGUCAUGUGCCUCAUCGUCUUCGGCGUUGUCUGCGGUGCCCUCUUCGUCAUGUACGAAGCAAAGUGGGCCAAGUUUCCCGUCAUCCCAGUCGAAAUGUUCACCACCCGCUCGAGUGCUGCAGCUUUCUCCCUGUGCUUCAGCCACGGCUUUGUAUUCAUAGGCAUCGCCUACUAUCUUCCAUUAUAUCUACAAGCCGUUCUUGCAUCAACAGCAUUGCGAUCGGGGAUCUACCUGCUGCCCUACAUCCUCGCCGUCUCCAUCUCGGCCGCCUUCACCGGAGCUUUUAUCCAGUGGACCGGCAAGUACAUGCCGUCCGUCUACUCGGGGGGCGUGUUGCUCUGCGUCGGCGUCGGGCUCCUCGUCAGUCUAGGCCCGGAGCCCGAAUGGGCCAAGAUCAUUGGCUACCAGAUCGUCGCCGGCGCCGGCGUCGGCUUCAACUUCGAAGGCCCUCUGCUCGCGGUCCAGGCCGUCAUGGGCGUCGAACACGUUGCCACCGUCACGGCCACCAUGGGCUUCGUCCGGACCAUGUCGACGGCCGUCUCCAUUGUGGUCGGCGGCGUGGUGUUCCAGAACCGCAUGGUUGACCAGUCCUCCAGCCUCCAGGCUACCUUGGGCCCGGAACUCGCGGGCGAGCUGGCCGGCUCGGAAAUUCUCGCCAAGCUGGACGUCAUCACCCAACUCCCCAGCAGCCAGCAGAGGAUCGUGCGAGAGACCAUUUCGAAUUCGCUCCGAGACAUGUGGAUCAUGUAUACCGCCUUUGCAGGGCUGUCCCUUAUCGCGGGUCUUUUCAUUAGAGCAUACCACCUCAAUACCGAACUGGAGGUCAAGAGCACGCCUGAGAACUUGGCGGAGAAGACGACUCCACGAGAACAACACCAACAACAAGAAGACCCACGGCCACAAUCACAGCAGCAGCAGCAGCUACAACAAGAAGGAGAAGCAUCGGCACCGUAG